AUGUCUUCGCUAGUGGAUCUUCAACUUGGGAAUUUGAAAAUAAGGACUACUGCCUCGACUGCAGUUUUGGAUCCAAACUGUGUCUUUCUCCCAGACACAACAGCCCGUGUUUCUGAGGCAGUCACCCUCCUCGGGGAAAACGAAUGCAAGUUUGCCGUCAAAGGGGCCGGACAUAGCGCCAUCCCAGGAGCUGCUAAUAUCCAUGAUGGCAUCAUGAUGUCGUUAGCUUGGUUGAAUUCGUCAGACGUUCACCUUGAAGAUAAUUACAUCCGUGUUGGAGCCGGGCAGCCACUUGGUAAUGUUUUUGAGGCACUGGAUCCUCACAAUGUCGGAGCUGUCAUCGGAAGGUUCUCCAAAGUUGGCUUGGGGAUGGGGGUCGGUGCUGGUGUCUCAUUCUUCUCAAACCGUGAGGGUCUCAUGAUUGACAACAUUUUGAACUAUGAGGUUGUUAUUGCCAGUGGUGAAGUUGUUAACGCAAGUGCAACUAGCAACCCUGACCUCUUUUGGGCGCUCAAGGGCGGCAAUAACAACUUUGGCGUCGUUACACAUUAUGACUUGUCUAUAUUCAAGACCACUGGUCUCUACGGCGGCCAAGUUACCUACCCUGAAACAUCCCUCGACCAGCUUGCUGAUGUUAUCUACGACUACCAUGUCCAUCAGGCGGUGGACGAUGUCAACACGCACGCCCUUCCUCAAUAUGCUUUCGAUGGCAACGCCAAUGAGACCUCUGCCACGAUCCUGGUUGCGUAUAACGAUGCGGUAGACGAGCUCCCAGAGAUCAUGCAGCCAUGGCUCAAAGUUCCACAUUCAAAGAGCACUCUCAAGAGAAGAACCUACGGUGAUCUAGCUACUGAGCUUAACGACGGAUUUCCAAAUGGACUUGUCCAGGAGCAGCGAGUGUUCACAGUAUACGCUGAUGAGCAAUUUUACAAGGAUGUCUGGUUCAAAUAUCGUCAGUGGCUCCAAAAGUAUAAAGAUGUGCCUGGAUUUUUCGGAAGCCAUGCGAAGAUGCCAAUCACUCCCCGACAAAUCGAAGAAGGAGUAAAGAAGGGUGGAAAUGCGCUCGGCUUGGAAAAGGGCCCGCAGGAUAAAACGUUGGGAAUCAUCUACUUCGGUGUGACGUUUAACAAUCCUGAAGACGCCCCCGAUGUUUUCCCUGCGCACAAAGAAUUCGUCGAGUCGAUGAUUGAGUUUGCUAAAAGCCGCAAAGUGCUUCAUCCACUUAUGUAA